GGUCCAUAUUAUUCCACAAGCAAGCCGAGAUUCUAGCAGCUGGCUGGUGGUUGCAAAUAUCGUACUCCACUAUUAUAAUACACGACGGUACAUUUUCAUACAGGCAGAACUUAUAUGGUAUAUAGCUAGAAGUAGCUCUAGAUCUAUAAUUUCUAUAUUGAUUAUUUUUGAACCCUACGAAGAGUACAUACAUACAUACAUACAAACAAACAAACAUACAUAUUUCCCAGUACAAUGAACCCCCAACCCAGCACCCCUACUCACGCAAACCCCCGCCCCCAACCGCAACUCCCCCGUCCCGAAAGCAUGCUAGCACGUGACUUUCGCACCCACUGGAGCAGUUCCACCGACGACAACGAAUUAAGUCUAUUCAGCUACCGACGAUUCCGCUCUAGCCAUCUGAUCAACCUCCGGUUUCUGGAAGCAGAGAUAUCGAAGAUCGAUCGCGAGAUAUAUCAAGCGGGGUUGCAACUGGGGAUUGAUGCGGAGCGAAGAGAUAUUCUUGGGUUGAGAUCGGCGACGAGAGAUGCAAAUGUGCCGUCUAUCGAAGAGACGAUUACGCAGGAGAAGAUUUUGGAAUUGAGACGAUUACUGAAGGAAUACGAUGAAGCGAUAAUCAAUUUCAACCGGAUAUCAAGUCUGCAAACCAUCGCGCUUUCAGACUGCGGAUGGCUCUCCACCGUGCGAGACGAUAUCACCAUGGAAGAAAUGUACAUGACGCGGCUCAUACGGGUGGAUCUCGCACCUGCGGAUUCCGAUCCCAUCCGACGAACACUGCACCGAUGGCUGCGCCGAUUCUGGUACGCGAAACGCGUCAUGUCUUCGAAUCCCGAGAGGGCUAAAGGAGGAACUCAUCUGUCGCCUAGUUCUUCUCAGAGGUAUCAGAAUACUAUUACGAUUGCGGAUGUGAUGGCGCGGUUUUUGUUCGCUUGUGUGGCGGGUGCGUCGCUCGUUUUUCCUUUGGUUAUUUUGUCGUAUCAGGAGAGGCUGCAUACGAGGCUGUUGACUAUUUCGCUGUGUAUUAUCGUGUUUGCAAUUAUACUUUCUUUGACGGCGCCAGCGUCUAAUCAGACUAUUAUGGGUACAGCGGCUGCUUAUGCUGCUGUUCUGUCUGUUUACGUGUCUACUUCGUAGGUGUGUACAAGUGGGAGUGUUGACUUGGGAGUUUUGAUCUAGGAAUGUUCAUCCUGGAGUAAUUGGCAGUACGGAAAUGGCAAACACUGUUGAAUAUUGUUACUUGAGCCCUUUGAUGGUGUGUCA